AUGGCUUCCACUGAACCUCAUCUUUGCUUCCGCUCCUUUGUUGAAGCUCUCAAAGCUGAUGGCGACCUGGUUGAAAUUAACCGCCCUGUCGACCCGAACCUCGAGGCAGCGGCCAUCACCCGUCUUGCCUGCGAAACGGACGACAAGGCGCCUCUGUUUAACAACUUGAUCGGCUCUAAGAACGGUCUGUUCCGUAUUCUUGGCGCCCCCGGGUCCCUGAGGAAGUCACCAAAGGAAAGAUAUGGCCGCCUUGCCCGACACCUGGCCCUUCCGCCUACGGCUUCUAUGCGGGAUAUCCUCGACAAAAUGUUGUCCGCGGAUGAACUGCCUCCAAUCCCCCCAUCCAUUGUUCCUACCGGGCCGUGUAAAGAGAAUAAGCUCGAAGGAGAUGAAAUCGAUCUCACCCAGCUCCCUGCGCCCUUGAUCCACAAGUCUGAUGGUGGAAAGUAUAUCCAAACCUAUGGAAUGCAUAUCGUCCAGUCCCCUGAUGGCAAGUGGACCAACUGGUCGAUUGCGCGUGCGAUGGUGCACGACAAGAAUCAUCUCACUGGUCUUGUCAUUGAGCCGCAACAUAUCUGGCAAAUUCAGCAACAAUGGAAGAAGAUAGGCAAGGAUGUUCCCUGGGCCCUGGCAUUUGGUGUUCCUCCCGCAGGUAUCAUGGCCAGUAGCAUGCCCAUCCCCGAUGGUGUGACAGAGGCUGAGUACGUUGGUGCUAUAAUUGGACAGCCUAUUGAGCUGACCAAGUGUGAUACAAACGAUCUGCAUGUCCCUGCAAACAGCGAGAUUGUUUUCGAAGGUACCCUGUCGAUUUCGGAGACAGGACCAGAGGGACCAUUUGGCGAAAUGCAUGGAUAUGUCUUUCCUAGUGAUGUUCAUAAUUGCCCUAAAUACAAGGUCAACAUGAUCACGUACCGCAAUAACCCCAUCCUUCCUAUGUCUUCCUGCGGUCGAGUGACUGACGAAACUCACACAAUGAUUGGCUCUCUCUGCGCUGCUGAGAUCCGCAAGCUGUGCCAAAAAGCUGGUCUUCCGGUCCUUGACGCAUUCGCUCCCUUUGAGUCCCAAGUGACAUGGGUUGCACUCCGAAUCGAUACCGUCAAGUUGAGGGAAAUGAAGACAAACUCCAAGGAAUUUUCCAAGAAAGUGGGGGACCUGGUGUUCAACCAUAGAGCCGGCUACACUACUCACAGGGUGGUUCUCGUGGGUGAAGACAUUGAUGUCUACAAUGGCGCAGACGUCCUGUGGGCGUUCUCUACCCGCUGCCGACCUGGCGCGGACGAGAUGUUUUUCGACGAUGUCCCGGCCUUCGUACUUGUGCCGUAUAACUCCCACAACGGCGAUGUGUCACCUGUUAGAGGUGGCAAGGUUGUUUCGGAUGCCUUGCUUGCCGGCGAAUAUACCAUAGGAAAGGACUGGGAGGCUGCGUCUUUUAAAGAUUCCUAUCCUGAGGAGCUUAAGACAAAGGUCCUUGAGAACUGGGAGAAUAUGGGGUUCCGCCAGUUGGAUUAG